AUGUCAGGCACAGCUUCUCCCCGUAGCGGUCGACCACUGACGACGUCUUAUGUGGAUCUAAUGAAGCCUGACGAGGACUGGAGGAAUCUGCCUGAUGCAGCCGAGAGGAGGAAAAUCCAGAACCGCCUUGCUCAGCGAGCAUAUCGGAGAAAUAUGAGAGACCGUACCAAGGAAGUAGAAAGGUUGAAAAAGCAGUUACAGCAGCUUCAGCAGUCUAUCAGUUCAGAUCCAUCAACCACGCCACCUCCUGAGCAUGAACUCCCUUCCGGCGGGAGAAGUCCCUCUAACCUAGGAGAUAUUCACGCUCAUAACGCAGACUCAACGGUAACAUCAGCGACGACCCCCAAUGGAACCCGAGGGAUGAGCGAUUACCUGCAAUCUUGGCCUCACGCAUCGGGUACGGAACACCUGAGCGGAUUAGGUCUCACGACGGAUGGGGAGAACCCACUCGGGUUCGACACAACGUCUUAUUUUCCCCAAGCUCACGGUUCUAGCGAUAUUGUGUCGGAUUUACCAACAACGGGCAGGAGGACGCGUGCCGUCACAUCUAAUAUCUCGUCCGCACCUAUACAACAACAGCAUCAUCUCCGGAGUCACAGCAUACCCCAAAUGUACUCAUCUACUUGCGCCAGUCCUAUGCCAUGGGGACAGGGAGCUGCUGCAGAUAACAAUGAUGGACUGCGUGUAUCUACAAGUUUUAAUGUUUACAAUAACCCGGAAGAGAUGUCCAUGUACCACACCGAAUCAGCGUACCCUCUAGAUGAUGGUGUUGCACAUAGUACCAAUGCGUACGCUACGUCGCCCGAAUCGGAUCUAAAUAGUCCUGCCGGGUGGUCGGCGCUGGAUCGAAAGUCGGGUCAUGCUGGGCGACCCAGUACCUCAUCACUAGCGUCAGCAUUCCUGACGUCAGCAAGUAGCGUCGUGGACAGCAUGGCUGACAUGCAACCUCAAGGUUCAUCCUUUCCGGAAACUACAGCGCCGUUGUUGCACUUUGCCGUCGCAGGCGGUCACAUCGACACGUUACGACUUCUACUUCAACGCUACGACGUCAAUAUAAAUAGCCGAGAUAGCUCAGGCUAUACAGCACUACAGCGGGCCGUUAUGGCUGGGCGAACCGAUAUGGCAGCCCUUCUUCUCGAGCGCGGCGCUAUCGUCGAUGGCGACGACAGCUGGACCGCGGAGCUUACGGGUCGCCAUUCCAAGAUAGAGGCCCAAUAG